GCGGGCUUGUCCGAUUGAGACUGAUUGAUAAUUAUAUAUACAUAAAGAUUGACGAUCCAGAGUGUAAUGAAUUCCUGUCUAAGCAUCCCUUUGGAUCUUCCAUGAGAAAAUAGCCUAAAGAAAUCUUUUUUUCCAUGGCUUGUAUUGAGGAACAAUCGGCGUAUCCAGGAAAAAGACUAGGAAUGGAAGACACAACCCUAACCCUGGAACAAGUUGAACACAUGCUGCCUGCCCCAAGAACCAUCUCUUCCGUAAGAAUACGUGAAUUUGAUGACACUACUGCCAACCCUGAACCAAUAGUACAAGAUGAGGAGGAGGCAGAUCAGUUGUUAGAGGAAUUUCUGUCACCAUCUAAACUUAGAUCCUUGACUGGUUUCUCGAAUCUUGAUCAAGUUGAAUACCUUGAAAUGAGAGUUGAUACAAGGGAAAAUAGUUUAGGAAAUUUUGGAGCUCUCCUGCCUAACCUGACAGAACUUAAGUUGUCUUACAGCCUUAUAGCCACAGUAAGAGACCUUGGUACAUCUUUGACUAAUUUGAGAACUCUGUGGCUUGCAAGAUCUGGGCUCAGUGAUUUGGAUGGAAUUAGUUCAGUCUCGUCAUUAAAGGAGCUCUACUUGGCAUUUAAUCACAUUGAGGAUGUCAGCCCAGUCAGCAUGUUGGACCAGCUGGAGAUUUUAGACUUGGAGGGAAACAAUGUUAGUGACAUCACACAGGUGGAAUUUUUAUGUCUGUGUUCGUCACUGAAGAUCUUGACACUAGAGGGAAACCCAAUUUGUACAGCCCCUCAACCCUUAGCAUCAUCAGAGGAGUUACAAAGCUAUGAUUAUCGUAGUGCAAUCCACAAAGCUGUUCCAAAUGUUAAAACACUGGAUGAUGAACCUUUCUUGGUGGAAAAAGUUGAUGGUAAGCCUGUGCUGCGGCAGCCACCAGCAUCACACAGAGCUACCAAGGUUCCAGAACAUCUCAAAGAAGACUGGCAGCUGGUCAAUGAGGGAAUCAAAGCAGUUGAUGUUGAGGAAGAGGAGGACAAUCCAUCUGACUUGGUGAGACCAGGCUCAGCAGCAGGUACAUCAAGACAAAACAGACCCUCAAGUGCCAUGUCCACCAGACAACGCCCAAUGUCUGCAUCACGGCAGAGACCAUCCAGUGCCAUGGGUCAGAGGCCUGGCUCUGCAGGAGGAGGCCUUGAACCUAUUGGAGUGUUUCGCCAGGAUGACAGCAGUGAUCUUACUCAUGGUUCCAGUCAGGUUAUUUGUGGAAAUAUUUCACGAGCUCUUAAGUCAAGACAAAAGGAUUUGAAAACGCCCAAGAUGCCUGUUAUGACGUUUCUCGAAAGUCCACGGCUUUACACGCCUGAGAAAAGCUUUGAGGACGACACGGAACCAGCAGCGAGCAAACAAGACAUCCUUAACGAACUUAAAGCUUGGAGAGAGGAGUAUUCCAAGAUGUUACAUGAGGAAAGAAGCACAAUCACAAAUAGCGGAGCACUCGAUAGUGAGUUACCAAAAACCUCGCCCUCAAUGGAUCCCCCCGCCACACGCGCCUUCUCUCCCUCCCCUCCCUCUCGCCCCCCAGGAAGUCCUUCUGCCUUACGCCGUUCACUACCUAAUCCCCCCUUAGUCGGAAGGGAAAUUUUAAGCAGACCCAACACAGCAGCAGAUUUCAGGAUGCGAAGAUUCCGACAGCUUUCCGGUGAGACUAGUGUAAACCAACUGAGACUGCGAACUCUGCAUGGAGACGAGAGUUUUGAAGUUGACAAAAACUUAUCAUCGGCGUCUCUAGAUAGCAGAUCCUCUCAGGCGCUACCAGCAGAGGAAGACACGGAACCACGCUCGUCCUCUGCGCCUGUGCGAAUCAACCGUCGUCCCAGGAAUGUGCCGCCAACGAAAGAUAACAUAAGACCCUCCCGCAAACUUCCUGACCCACCAUUUCUGGGACAGAGGCCAGGCACAGCAGCUGCUGCCUUGCAGAAACGAAGACUCAAACCUUCCCAAGAGUAACAGAAACAGUUAAGAGAACUUGUAAAAUGGAAGUAUUGGAGAAAUCAGUGAGUUUCGGAUAUGGACUUGUUAACAACAACGAAACAACAAAAACAACAACAAGUCUUGUGCGUUACAGAUGCUCUCCUGUUCACUUGGAGUGCUUUUGUGCACUAGCCGAUUACGCUUGACUGCUGAAUGACGAACUUUUUUAACUUCCGGAAGGGAAAAUUUGCGAGAUUCCAAUUUAUUGGAAUAUUGUAUAUAUUUUUGUUUUUGUGUGCGGUGACAGUGUAAAUAAAGGUGUGUUAAAGUGAA